GAUCCGGAAGCCUUGUGCACGUGACAAAAACGCAACCCGUGUUCUACCGUGCCCGCUCCGUGCGGUGGGAUUGGCGGUGUUCGUGUCCGUCGUCGUGCUUUGUUUGCGCAUAGAUAGCCGGAUGCUGACACCUGUUUCGAAGGCGGAAUGGAAAAUAUGGUGAAAUCUACCGAGGAGGACAGGCUAAUUAUCGGAUGCUGGACCGAAGGAAGAGUUCUAGACCGAGGCACUUUUGGAAGCAUAACACUAUGGCACAACACGAAAACACGGGAGACCAUAGCACUCAAGAAAUGCCUGCGAGACGUGGCAGAAAUGACAGACAAGCUACGAGAACGCUGGGUGCAAGAGGUUGAAAUCCUUAAAAAGUUGGACCACCCCAAUGUUGUAAAAGGACUUCCUGUGCCAGAGCCACUGCUAGUGCUUGCUUCGAGCCUGCCAUUUCUAGCAAUGGAGUACUGCAGUGGAGGGAACCUUAGAAAGGUGCUGCAGCGCCCUGAAAACUCUUGUGGCCUUCACGAGAGAGAUGUACGUUGUGUACUGAGGGAUGUGACAGCAGGUUUGCGCUACCUGCAUAGUAACCAUAUUAUCCAUAGGGACCUGAAGCCAGAAAACAUAGUUAUCAAGGAGGUUGAUGGAAAGGCUAUCUACAAGAUCAUUGAUCUUGGAUAUGCAAAGGAGUUUGACCAGAGCAGCUUGUGCAACUCAUUCGUGGGAACAUUGCAAUACCUUGCACCUGAGCUCUUUGAGAAGAAGCCAUACACUAGGGCAGUGGACAUUUGGAGUCUGGGCGUUCUUGCCUUCGAAACUAUCACAGGACAGCGCCCAUUUUCUCCUACAGCUUCUCCUGCGCAGUGGAUCCCUUUAGUGCACAAUAAGAAGAGUGGCGAUAUCCGAGGAGACAUAGCACCUAAUGGAGAGCGCUGCUAUUGGAAAACUCUACCUUCUGAAACUUGUUUGACCAGUGUUUUCAAAAAAGAUAUUGAAAAGUGGCUUCAAAUCCUACUUGAGACACAACCAGAACAGAGGAGCUGCCAUUGUGGCUUAACAGUAUUUGAACUUCUUGAGAAGCUACUGGCACAACCGACAGUACACGUGUUCUGCAUUGGUGCAAUGUCCGUGGUAUCAGUUGCGUUCAACAGUGAAGAACUCAUUAUGGACAGCUUGUCACUAGCCUUGAAGGAUGCCACAGACCUGGCACCUGCAGACCAGUUGCUUCUUACCGAAAGUGGAGUAGUUGCAGAUGUCAACUACAUAAGAGACCACUAUAAGCGGUUCCAGGAAUCGGGAGAGGUGAUGCUUUACCUUAUUGACACAUCUGAUGAAGGUCACAAGGAGGAAGAGUCACUAUGGAUUCAACAGCUGCAUUAUUGCACUACUCGCCUCUCAGACAAUCGCACUUAUUUGAAGAGUAUUGAGAUCAGGAGGGAGUGGGCUGUAGCAGCCUACACUGUGCGCCAGUCAGUGCACACAUUUCAGAAUGUUCCACGUGCCUUCCGCAGCUUCCAGGCCCACUUGAGUUCGAAGAUUCCUGCUCUGCAGAAGGCAUUGUCUAGCAUUCAUGUAGAUGUGCACAAGCUGACAGCAAUGAUGAAAGUCGUGCAUGAAAGCUACACUACUGAUGUUGAAUUUCUACAGGAUUGGAAGAGAAGCCAAGGUGAAUCUUCAGUUGAUACAGCCAGUUUGCUGGAACAAUGGUGUGUCGUUGAUGAAUUUUUCAGCGAUGUUUACGACCAGCGUAAAAAAGUUGAGUACUGCUUCAACAAGUUCAACAAACUGUGCACCAUACUUGAGGAGAGUCAGAGAACACCAUAUGGCCAGGGUACAUUGUUGAAAAUCCUUGAUGACAUCAUGGCUCGAAUGUUGCAACUUUAUGAGAAAGGCAAGCAAAAAAGAGAUUAUGGAAGUGUAUCCACCACAUGCAUGGAGAUGUGUGGAACUAUACAGGAACUUGACCAAGAACAGGAGCGGGUGAUGAAGCAUGUCAGCCCUUACAUGAGAAGUAUGCUUGGAGUCUAUCAUGAGCUGGGCAACUUGCAUUAUUCUAUAAAAAAGUUGUCUUACCGUAUAGUGUCUAUCAGCCAAGGACUGUCUACUAUGCAGCGGCAGCGCCAGCAAUCUAUCUGGAACCUGCUUCGAUCAGAGAGUACAUGCGUGCAUCCAGUUGUGCCUUCUCCUCGGGAUCAAACAUUGCUUUCCGCUGUAAACUGUAGUACUUCGUGGAGUUCUUUAUGUCAGCAGAUGGAUGAGCAGUUGAAAGAAAGCAGAGCACAGCGCGAUGAAGCUGACACUGUGGUUGAAUUGGUCGACGCAAACAUCGCCAAGCUGGAGAAAGAAUGUUGUGAGCUGUUGAAGAGCAUGGCCACAAAAUAAGCAGGAAAUUACCUCUCUGUUACCUGUGCUUAGAAUUCCAUCGGUCUCUUCCUUGUUCAGUGUGGCUUUGAAAGACUUAUCCAAAGUGUUAAAGGGACACUAAAGGCAACUAUCAAGUCGACGUUGAUUGUUUUAGUAGCUGCCCAGAAACCUCGUAGUGUUACUUUUAUUCCUAGAAAGUGCUUAUUUUAAAACAAAAUUAUGGUUUUGGUGGUCCACAUCAGGAUAGCACACUCCAAAUUACCCACCUCAAGCGGUACGUGUUGAGUCACUGUGGCCAUGCACAACGUUGCCCUGGUUUACUGCACAGCCGCUGACACUAGUAGCAGCAGAACGAAAGUAGUGGGAGCCACAGCAGCAUUAACACCUUUUGAACAAUUUCCUGCCGUGGCCUUCAAGAUUGCAGAUGUGCUUGGUUCAACUGGGCCCUACUAGAUGGCACGACGUGUCCAGUUUAACCAGGAAAAAAUUUAAUUUUUGAACCACUCACGUCUUUUCUGAUGGUAACAUGCGGCGGUUUUUUCUUCCAUGAAUCAAACAGAAAUUAACAAGCAGCAUUUUAUUAUGCCUCUUGAUGCAUGGAAGAUUGUUUAUUUAGUGCUGCUGGUUCGAUUACUAGUGAUUAAUUUUAGGCAGUACCACUCACGUCAUCGGGAUCAUUUGGGAAUAUCCUACGCACAGCACAUGUGUUCUCAUGCAUUUACUUUAAUUUCUUGGUAAGUAGGGCGCUA